AUGGUUCCUGAAUUUUGCAUUGCUUGCUGUUAUGUUGAUUUCUACUGUUUGUUGGAAGUCACCAACUGUUUUGCUUUCAGUAUUUUUUCCCAGACUGAUUUGGCGCACCAUAAUCCUUUCUCCAUUGCUCUUAAGAACUUUGGUAGUAGGCCUCAGGACAAAGAAAAAGAUGUCAAUGUUGACAUUCAUAGAGAUGGAAAACAGAUGACAUAUAUGCAACUGGAAAGGGAGUACCUGGAUUGGCUUCUUCAAAUGCAUCGCAUGUAUGAUGAAGAAAUCGACUGUGGUGAGGAUCAACCUAUUAUUGUUGUCAGUCCCUUGAACAAGAAGGCACUAGGAAUAUCAUCUGAAGUGGUAAGAGUUCAUCAAAUUCUGAAGAGAAAGGGACUAUUGUGGAAAAGUGGCCAGAAAAUCAAAGUUCUCAAGGGUGCAUGCACCAAGUGUCAUAAGAAUAAUGUUUAUGCAACGAUAGAACAUUUCUUGCUUGAAGGGUUUCAGGGGGAUUCUGGUGGAGAAGCUCGGAUUAUAUGCAGGCCACUAGGUAUAGAAAAUGGCUGCAAGCUUUCUAUAAAGGGUGGAACUCCCAAUUUGGAUAUUCAGGACUCAUUAUCACUUCCAAUUAGCGUGAUUGAUUCUGGGAUGUGCAUGCCCAUUGAUGAUUCUAAUUGGGAGCUCCAACUUAGGAAACAAAUUCAGAAGACUCCCUCAAGAAUUGAAUUGCUGAAUGCGAAACAGUGUCAUCAGUUGGAGGUUGAUUGGGCAUUGCCGACCGAUCUUCCAACACAUGCUGGACAAACCCCUCCAAAGGUCAUUGUGGCUGUUUUUCGUCCAAGUAGUUUCACAUUUUCUCUUGCUUCAAAUUACUUGGACCAGAAGGACAUUGUGAAGGUUAAUUUGGAGAUGUCAAUGGAAGUCACAUUUAGAAGAACCAAGAACCAUCAAGAUGUUGAACUCAUUUACGCUGUUCGCAUUGCACCUUCAUCACCUUCAUCCUUCAAAGGGUUUCAUGGCUUGUAUAUGUUCCCACUCGGGGUGAAGUUCCCUCACUUAUUUCAGAAAGCAGGUGCAUAUACAUUUUCAUUCUCCGCUGAACAUUCGGGUUUUCCGAAUUACAAACAAACGAUUAUGGUUGUGCCUUCAGAAAAGGUUGGAAAGUGGGAGCUUCUUCAUGAUGAGAAGUUUCCAUCUUAUUCUGUAAGGGUCGGUUCAUGUUUUCCACCCUUAUCUAUUGCAUGCUAUGACGUCUAUGACAACCAAAUGUCAUUUACCUCCUUUCCUAGCUUAAAGAUCAAGCUCAUCAUGAAUGAAGAUUUGUGUAUUGAUGUGGUCAAGAUGAAGCCUUCCCUUUCAUCUGAUAAUUCGGUCUUUAUUAUUAAGGAUGUUGUGAUUGAAAGUAAUGAGUUGGACUCAAUCCGGCCAAAUUAUGCAGCCACCUUGAUGAUAUAUAUUCAAGAUGAGUCGAGAUCAGUUUCUGUGGAAUGUCAUGUUACUCCUGGAGAUCUACACUCUAUCAAAGUCUGUUCACAACUUCCCCGAAAGCAAUUACUCCCAGGUUUUGUAGUAGAGUUUUUUCUAGGUGAAACUUCUAUCAUUUUAAUGCCCUAUCUUUGUUUCAAUGACUUGUUUGGUUCUAUACAUAGAGCAAGACCCUCCUUUCUUAUAAUCUUUUUCUCUGGUUGGAAUUGA